CUCUCUCUCUCUCUCUCUCCCUCCCUCCCUCUCCCCGCUACUCCCGCCUCCUGCCCUCCCUUGCCCCCUCCCCUCCCCGACACUGCAGCAUUCGCCGACUGCAGCUCCAGCCACCGCCCGCGCCUCUCCGGCCUCCGCAAGCCCACCGCCGCCAGCACCAUGGCCAGCACCAUGUCCGCCUACAAGGAGAAGAUGAAGGAGCUGUCGGUGCUGUCACUCAUCUGCUCCUGCUUCUACUCACAGCCGCACCCCAACACCGUCUACCAGUACGGGGACAUGGAGGUGAAGCAGCUGGACAAGAGGGCCUCCGGCCAGAGCUUUGAGGUCAUCCUCAAGUCCCCUUCCGACCUGUCCCCGGAGAGUCCCAUGCUCUCCUCCCCCCCCAAGAGGAAGGACACCUCCCUGGAGGAGCUGCAGAAGCGGCUGGAGGCAGCUGAGGGGCGGAGGAAGACGCAGGAGGCGCAGGUGCUGAAGCAGCUGGCCGAGCGGCGCGAGCACGAGCGCGAGGUGCUGCACAAGGCGCUGGAGGAGAACAACAACUUCAGCCGCCUGGCCGAGGAGAAGCUCAACUAUAAGAUGGAGCUCAGCAAGGAGAUCCGCGAGGCGCACCUGGCCGCGCUGCGUGAGCGGCUGCGCGAGAAGGAGCUGCACGCUGCCGAAGUGCGCAGGAACAAGGAGCAGCGUGAGGAGAUGUCCGGCUAAGGGGCCUUUUGGACACCGCGGCGCCUGGAUCCCGAGAUGAGACAAGAACACGUCUGGGUUUUGGUUUUGUUUUGUUCGACUUUGUCUAGAUGCAGCUUUUGCUCCCGCUCCUCCCUCCCCUCCUGUGCUCCCAGCUUCAGCUUCUCUUUCCGCGUUCCGAGCUGUCCAGUCCUCGUGGCAAGGCCUUGACCACAGGCUGUCCCUGUGGAGCCCCCAGGGCGUGGCACACAGUCCCUCAGUUCAGGCCCCAGGCUGGCGGUGGCUGGCUCCCCUCUUGGCAGCACUCUUAGUGGACGUGGUGGCGACCUCAGUAAAUCCAGCGAUGGUGGCAGGAA